UCUCGGCGGGCGCCCAUGGCUACGAUGUCCCGUGCCCUCGGCUCGGCGUUCGUGGGAUUCACGCGGACACCCGCUGUGCCGACGACGGCGCCCUUGCCGUCCCCAUGCGCCUCCUCCGCGCUCCUCUUUCGCUGGCAGCGCAGCCGAGGCAUCGGCGGCAGCGCCGCGCGGCGGUUCUCUUCGGGCCGCAACGCCAAGAUUAGCAUGAGCCUCCGCGCCGGCAUCGUCGGCCUUCCCAACGUCGGCAAGUCCACCCUCUUCAACGCCAUUGUUGAAAAUGGGAAAGCCCAAGCCGCAAACUUCCCCUUCUGCACCAUAAACCCAAACACUGGCGUCGUGGCUAUUCCAGACCCUCGCUUGCACGUCCUCUCAAAACUAAGCAAGUCCAAGCAGGCGGUCCCAACAUCCAUUGAGCUUGUGGACAUUGCAGGCCUCGUCAAAGGAGCAAGCAAAGGAGAGGGACUGGGAAAUCAAUUUCUUUCAAACAUCCGUGAAGUAGAUUCUAUACUUCAGGUUGUGCGAUGCUUUGAAGAUGAUGAUAUUGUUCAUGUUAAUGGAAAAGUGGAUCCUAAGUCAGAUAUUGAUGUGAUUAACCUAGAACUGAUAUUUUGUGAUCUUGAACAGAUAGAGAAGAGAUUAGAUAAGCUGAAGAAGAGUAAAACAAAAGAUGCACAAGUGAAAGUGAAGGAAGAUGCAGAACGGUCAGGAUUGGAGAAGAUUCUGAAGGCACUUCUGGAGGGAAAGCCUGCAAGAUCUGUUGAUUUGGCUGACCAUGAGAAAGAAGCUGUACAACAUCUUUAUCUGCUAACUAUGAAGCCUGUCAUUUAUGUUGCUAAUGUAGCAGAAUCUGAUCUUGCUGAACCUGAUAAAAAUCCCCAUGUCAAAGAGGUGGCCAAACUAGCAUCAGAGUUGCAAUCCGGCAUUGUUACAAUAUCAGCUCAGGUUGAGGCUGAGCUGUCUGAAUUACCACUAGAAGAGAGAGUAGAGUACCUAAAUUCUCUUGAUGUUACUGAAAGUGGGCUUGGCAAUUUGGUAAAAGCAACGUAUAACCUUUUGGGCUUAAGAACAUAUUUCACGACUGGAGAGCAGGAAACAAAAGCUUGGACCAUUCUUGCAGGCAUGACUGCACCUCAAGCAGCCGGAGUUAUCCAUAGUGACUUUCAGAAAGGCUUCAUUAGAGCUGAAACUGUAUCUUAUGAUGAUUUUGUUGUGGCGGGUUCUCUUGGAGUAGCAAGAGAAAAGGGAGUGCUGAGGUUGGAAGGGAAGGAAUAUGUGGUGCAGGAAGGAGAUGUGAUGCUUUUCCGAUUCAAUGUCUAACAAUAAUAGCCUGCUAAAAUUAUCAAUAUACACUCGAGUUUCUACAAGCUUAAGGCAAAACAAAAUUUGAUUAGAACAUGAGAUUUUGUCUUUUGAGACACAAACUUCCGGUGAACUCGGCAGUCGGCAUUGUAUCAUUUUCCGGAGAAAAAUAAAUACUGAUUCAUUGUUUCA